AUGCCUUACAACUAUUCCAUCAACCCUCAAGACGCCUUUGGCUCUGACUCUCCUUGCGAUCUCGACACUUGCCCCAUCGACUGGAGUCUUUACGGUUACCGACCUUCUCUCGCUGCCAACAUCGCCUUUGUUGUUCUCUUUUCUCUCAUCGGUAUCGUGCAUCUCUAUCUCGGUAUUCGAUGGAAGAGCUGGGGUUUCAUGACCGGUAUGCUUCUGGGCUGCAUGUCUGAAGUCAUUGGUUAUGUUGGUCGCAUCAUGAUGUGGUACAACCCCUUCUCGUUCAACGCUUUCAUGAUCCAGAUUGUCUGUCUUACGAUCGCUCCCGUCUUCUACACUGCUUCCAUCUACGUCACUCUCUCCAAAGCCAUCAACUACUUCUCUCCUGAGCUCUCCCGCUUCAAGCCUCAGCUCUUCAUCUGGAUCUUCAUUCCCUUCGACAUCGUUUGCCUCAUCCUUCAGGCCGCUGGUGGUGCCAUGUCUACCGAAAGCAGCAGCACCGCCGGUGUCGAUAUCUCCAUGGCCGGCCUUGCCCUCCAGGUCAUCGUCCUAGUUGCCUUUAUCGCCGCCUUUGCCGACUACAUGAUCCGAUACUGGCGAUCUGGUAAGGCUCAGGCUUUUGGCUGGCGCAUGACUGCUUUCUUUGUUGGUCUCUCUGCUGCCAUCAUCCUCAUCCUCGCUCGAUGCAUCUACCGUGUUGCUGAGCUCCGCGAGGGAUACGAUGGCGAGCUGAUCAAGCACGAGAUUCCCUUCAUUAUCCUUGAGGGUGUUGUCAUUGUUCUCGCCGCUAUUGCCCUCUUCUUCGGCCACCCUGGUCUUGUGUUCAACAAGUCUGAGGUCACCAACUCUGUAUCACAGACUGAGAAGGGUGUCGCUUCCGGCUCAGACAACAACUACUGA